UAUACCGAAGUGAAUAUUCAUCAUUGCCGGCUUGUCAUCGUUCUUUCAAAGUACAUUUGAUUUUCGGAUAUCCCCGCUAUUAUAAAAGCGACUUGAAUAUAUUUGAUCACCAUGAGUCGCGAAGUGUUAUCACCUCCUGUCCAAAAGAUGAGCCUGAACCGUCGCUAUAGAGUCAACGUUGUUCACGACGACUUCGGUGGCGACAAAUGGAAUAGUCAAAACAAAGGUGCUACACCAGGAAACAAAACCUACGAAGAGCCGGAUCUUUAUGGUGAUGAUGAUGACGAGGACGAUGCGGCUGUUAAAUGUAUUGAGGAGUCGGCAAAUGGCGAUUUUACUCUUUCUAUUCAUGUAUCCAAAUCAUUUUACGGUGGACUAAUUGGCAUGAAAGGAUCUACGAAGCGCCGCAUAGAGGAAGAGACCCGAACAGAGAUCUAUGUUCCUCGUCAGAACGAGAAGUCAAACGAAGUGACCAUCAGGGCCAAGCAACGCAGUCAAGUAUGCGCUGCACUUCGGCAAAUUCGCCACCUUGUAGCGUCUUUACGAAAAAAAAUGAAACCCACACAUUUUUUGGCAUUGCCUUUGAACUAUGGAGAAGUUAAGGAGCGUUUUGUGGAUUUAAAGAAAUGCAUUUUGGAGGCCGAGUUGCCAGGCAUCGAUGAGGAGCUCUUCAUAUCGGAGUGCUGCAUCCAUCUUACCUUAGGUGUAUAUGUGCUGCUAGAUGACAGUGAACGCCAAGAAGCCCUAGAGGUCCUGAAAUCCAGUCGUCGCUUACUGGAUGGUCUAAAAACACCUUUCGAAGUGAGAGUUAAGGGCCUUGAGAUUUUAAACGACGACCCAAGCUCCACUCGCGUUCUAUAUGCCCGUAUCGAGUCUCCGGACUUGCAGAAGUUUGCGAAUACCUGUCUGGCCCACUUUCAGACUACAGGCCUGAGCGCUACAGACAAUAUUGAACGUGAAUCCAUUAAACUGCACAUGACCGUGAUGAACAAUCGGUACCGGAAUGAGGCAAAGAAGUCCGGUAACAGCUUUGACGCCCGCGAGAUUCUUAAGCGCUUUGGAGAUUUCGAUUUCGGAAUAGCCCAUUCCAGAGCUGUGCACCUGUGCGUAUUAAAAUCGCGCGGCGAGGAUGGGUUCUAUAAGAUAACCGGUAGUCUCGAGUUCUAAGAACACUUGAAACAGCGUAUUUUUUUUUCAGUUUUUAAUAAGAACAUUUUUAAAAAAAAUACCUCUUAAUUAAUAAAACCUUUGCUAACUAA